UUUAGUUAGUUAAUUAGUAUCACACUCAUCAUAUAGCUUUUUUCUGAAAAGAAAGGCGAAGCCUCUCUCACCAUAUAUCGAGCUAGUUAACUUGAUUGCGUUGAUCAAGGGAGAAUGGAUUGGAAACCUAUGGUGACGAUGUUGGCGGUGGUCACCGUGUUCGCGGUGAUGAACACGCUGACAAAGAUGGCUUUUAACGAAGGGAUGCACACCACCGUCCUCAUCGUCCUCCGCCAGCUCACCGCCACGCUCUUCCUCGCCCCGAUCGCCUACUUCAAAGAGAGGAAGACUAGGCCUAAGAUGACCACAGAGAUCUUCGUCUACCUCUUCUUGAGUGCCUUGCUCGGAGCGUCCCUAACCCAGUGGCUCUUCUUCUUUGGCCUGCGGUACACGACGGCGACGUUCGCGAGCGCCUUCAUCAACAUGACCCCCAUGUUCACCUUCCUGCUGGCGCUGCCCUUCAAGAUCGAGAAGCUCGACGUGGCCACCGGCUCCGGCGCAGCCAAGCUCACCGGCACGGCCGUGGGGCUGGCCGGAGCGAUUUUGAUGGCGCUCUACCAAGGCCCGGCCCUGACGGGGGCGCCGACGACGGACCAUCAUGCUGCUGCCGGUGCCCAUGGUGGAGGCGCGUGGAGGUGGGCGAUCGGGUCGGCGGCGCUGCUGGGCGGCUCGGCGAGCUGGUCGCUGUGGUUUAUAUUACAGUCCAAGAUCGGCACCAAGUACCCCGCUCUCUACUCCAGCACGGCGUGGACGUUCCUGCUGAGCACGGCGCAGAUGGCGGCCGUCGGGGCGGCGACGGAGGCGAUGACCCUCCAGGUGUGGCUCCCCGGCACGGCGCUGAAGGCCGUGACGGUGCUGUUCGUGGGAGUGGUGGGGUCCGGGCUGGGUUUCCUGGCCAUGUCGUGGUGCGUGGAGCGGCGCGGGCCCGUGUUCACCACGGCGUUCAUGCCGCUCAUCCAGAUGAUCGCCGCCGGGAUCAACGUGACGGUGCUCCGCGAGCAGCUCCACCUCGGGAGCGUGGUCGGGUCGGCGCUCGUCGUCGUGGGGCUCUACUUGGUCCUCUGGGGGAAGAGCAACGAGGCGAGCAGCAAAUCCAAGUUGCCUCCUCCGUCAAAUUCCAAGCUCGCGUUGGAUGAGGAAGCAGAGCAUGGCGGUGAUUCACGGAUCAUGCAGAGUGUGUGAUGAGCUGCUGCGUCAAGGUGAUCAAGGUGGAAUCAUCUCUCGGCAACAAAAGGAGGAGGACAUAGUUCGCUAUUUUCUUCAUCUUUUUACUAGAAUCAAGUGAACUUUAGAUAGGUUAUUGGAAAUAAUUCACGUGGAUUAGUCAACGUGGAUCAUUGUUCAAACGGGUAAAGAUUUUUACUUUUCAAUACAAGGCUUUACACUCCUCGGCCCUCACUUUAAAUUAA